ACGGGCUGUUCCACGCCCUGGAGAUCUUGGACACAGCCGGCUCCCACCACUUCCCAGCCAUGAGAGAACUCUCCAUCCGGUCGGGCCGGGCCUUCGUCAUCGUCUUCGCUGUCAACAACGAGCAGAGCUUCUACGAGGCUCAGUCUCUCUGGAACCUCAUCACCAAAAUCAAAGGUUUGGAGGGGGCGCCGGUGGUGGUGGUGGGGAACAAGGUGGACCUCGACAGAGAGCGAGUGGUCAGCUUCCAGCGGGCCCAGACGUGGGUGGAUACGGAUAUGACCAACGCCUCGUACUUGGAGACGUCCGCCAAGUAUAAUAUCAACGUUGGAGAGCUUUUCAAGCAGUUGCUCAUACGGACUUACGGCCUCGCUAACAACGAGAUGGCGCCGACGGGAGCGAGAGGGCGGCUCAAGUCCUUAGGGAACAUUAUGGAGGUGGUGAGGCGACGGUCCUUCAGCUUGGCUCAAGCUGCCUCCUGCAGCGCCAUCCCCGAUCACCCGGACAUCCGCGACCAGAAGUGUGCCAUCCUGUAAGCGGCCUCCGGUAGCCUGGUGGAAGGCUCCAGGGACCUGCGAUUUUAAGUGUGUCAUCCUGUAAGCGGCCUCCAGCGGUCUGUUGGAAGACUCCAGAGGCCAGCGACCUGCUGGAAGGCUUCCGAGACCUGCCAACACACGUGUCAGCCUGUAAGGGCUUCCAGUAGCCUGCUGGAAGGCUUCGGAGACCUGCCAACACACGUGUCAUCCUGUACGGGCUUCCAGGAGCCUGCUGGAAGGCUUCGGAGACCUGCCAACAUACGUGUCAUCCUGUACGGGCUUCCAGUAGCCUGCUGGAAGGCUUCGGAGACCUGCCAACACACGUGUCAGCCUGUACGGGCUUCCAGGAGCCUGCUAGAUGGCUUCCGAAACCUGCAACCACACGUGUCAGCUUGUACGGGCUUCCAGUAGCCUGCUGGAAGGCUUCGGAGGUCAGCACCUACACGUGUCAUCCUGUACGGGCUUCCAGUAGCCUGCUGGAAGGCUUCGGAGGUCAGCAACCACACGUGUCAUCCUGUACGGGCUUCCAGUAGCCUGCUGGAAAGCUUCAGAGACCAGCUGGUCAUGUGGCGGUAUUGACCGUGAUCUGGUGUAACCCAGGAUACAGCAGAGCCAUUAUCUGGUCGAGGAUCGAGAGACCCAAUAGCUGCUCUCAUAACCUAAAAAUGCAAUAUAGACGAUCUAUCGUCGUGUAGGGUAGAGGAAGCUGUUGUUCAGGAAGCCCAGGUUCGACUCUUCAAGGGUGAUAUAUAUAUAUAUAUGGUAAAUUGCACAUAUAUAUAUGUAAAUAUAUUGUGACAGAUGAAAUGCAUAUUAACUAUCCGCCAGGGAAAAGACAUUUUAAAUUAUGUAUUGGUAGAUGUAACUCUGUCUGGACUGACUCAGAGUCCAGGUAGAGACUGUGUGGAGGUCUUAGAGCUCCCUGAUGUGUGUGUGUGUGUGUGUGUGUGUGUGUGUGUGUGUGUGUGUGUGUGUGUGUGUGUGUGAGUGUGUGUGUGUAUGUGUGUGUGUGUGUAGCUGGACCACCAAGAUCCACACACACUCUACCCUCGUAACAUGUGAGUGUGUGUGUGUGUGUGGGUCCCUUCUUGCAAUACUUGAAAUGCAUGUUCCACGUCACCCCCUGCAACUCGCCUACCCUAGCAAUACUCUCUUCCUAUCUCCUUGCAGCACACACACACAUACACACACACGCAACCUUCCCCCCCCCCGCCCCUUUUGCAACAAAUUGGACGCAAACCUGAUCUUGUAUAACUACCUUAAUCUCCCUCGUGCCUAAUGAAGAGCAAGAUGUAGGUAAGAUUAAUCUCUCUGUAUAACUAUCACACACACACACACACACACACACACAGAGGACUGCAGUGUUGUGCAUGCUGAGUGAUCUAAUGUGCUCAAGAGUGCACAUAACAUGCGGUGAGUGCAUUACCAUAGACGCGAGUGUGUCCUGAGAGUAUUAGUAUAUGCCGAGUGCAUCCCAUUGGGCUGAGUGCAUUACUACGCUCAAAAGUACGGAGUGGAAUAAGAUUUGGCAACACUGUGUUUGUUGUUGUUCCCAAAAGCAGGUUAAUUUCCACGUGAUUUCAGCGUUCGAGUUUAAUAAAUAAAUAAAUUAAUUAAUUAAUAAAUAUAUAUGUAUAUAUACAUAUUUAUUUCUACACAAUUUGUUUUUACUUUUUUUCUAAUAUUAGUCAAUAGAAACAUUUGCACCUUAUUUGCUAACACAAAUAUAUAAAUGAGCCUCACUGUUGAAUCACACUAUCUUUUACAAUUGUGAAAUUAACAGUAUUAGCCUAUUUUCCUAUUUAUGGUGACGUCACUUAACUGAUUUCUCUGAUUGGGGGGGGGUGACCAAUUACAUGUGGUUCGCCUGUCAACUGGGGAGACCUAACACUCUGUCAACUGUCAACUGGACUAGCCUCCUGAGACCCUGUGACCUGUCAGCUGUCAACUAUAAUAGCCUGUCACCUGUCUAUUAGAAUAGCCUGAGACCCUGUGACCUGUCAGCUGUCAACUAUAAUAGCC